AUGGACAAUCAUUUUAACGACAUGGGAACGUUUGAAGGCACGCUUGAUGCUAUGCGAGCAGAGUUGCGGCGAUUGGGAUUUGAUAGUAACGAUGCGCCGGUCCCUUUUCCUCCGGCAGAGGCCGUAUCGCAUCACAUUGACUUACUCCGUCCUGUGCGUCCUGUUGGGUCUCAGACGCGACGACCACCUGUUUCACUCAUCCCAUGGAAUCGUACAAGAGAAGGCGAGAGGAGAGAUACACAUGACAGCGACGACUCUAUGCCUCCACUAGAGGACGUUAGUGACAGCGGCUCGGAAAGUGGUUGGAGCACUGAAGACGAUGAAGAUGACGAUUUAGGUCGAGAUGCAGUUCCGCCUUCUGGGUUUAUGUUUAGGCCUGUUGAGACAGCUGUUACUUGGUCUGCGGGAAUAGGUAGCGGCAUGGACUUGGGUAUCGACGUUGACGACGAGACUCCCGACGACACAGAAGAUUCGGUGGACUCGACAGCAGAUGGCGGGCAGUCUAGCACAGAAAAUGGGCGACCGCCGUUUGUCACGGAUGGACGAGGACGGGUAAUUGGUGCAAGUGAGGAGGAGCAGGAUAAUGCUCUGUCACGAUCGUUCUUUGGUCGUUUUUUCUUUUCUCGCUCAUCGUAGUUUCGUGUUGCAGCAUUGUAGAAAUUAUAUUUGUAAAAUAUACAG